UACAGCGCCUUUAAAAGGUUAGGCUGGCCAGUAAUGAGAUAUACCAGUGCAGGGCAGAUGCAGCAGCAUCUGUAAUUACACAUCAUCAUGUAUUAGUUGAUUAUAUUUUGUAUUAAUAAUGUUAAUCCUCAAAAAUAACUAAAGCAGACAAGUAAAUGUGGUGGAGUACAAUACUACCCUCUGAGAUGAACAGGAGUAUCAGUAGCGUUAAAUUGAAAUUGAAACAUCAUAAAUCAUAGUUAAUGUGGGGGAGAGAAAACUUUUGGGGGGUAAAUAAUACGCCAGAGAGCAUAAAGAGCAUAAAAAGCAUCAAAAUAGAGCUUGUUCCAUGAAAAAAAAAUCUUAGGGUCCGGGCUAAGCCCCCAAUGUCCUCAAAUCCGAGAAACGCCCCUGGUGAGGAAAUAUGUGACGGUGAUUAAAAUAGCCUAUGUCACGGUUGCUGUCCAAGGUGCUGAUCCUGGGACAGCCCCGGAGGUGGGAGCGACUUCCAGAAGAUGGCAGCAAUGCGAGCAGGCAGCUGUUAAACAUUUGAGGAGGAGAAGAAGAAGAAGAUGGUGGAGUCAGAAACAGGACGUUGCGUCUAAUCUGAAAACCUGCAGAUUGCUGAACAUGAAUAAACCUGUUUAGGUUCUGACACAACCUAAAUAACAGGCAGUCUGUCUGACCUCCAUAUCUGCUGAGAGCACGGACAGCUGGACUUGAAUUGGGUUCAUCAGGCUCACUGAAGUUCUUCCCUGCAUCCACUCAUCAUGGUGGACUACUACCAGGUUUUAGGAGUUCGGAGAGAUUCGUCUGCAGAGGACAUAAAGAAAGCCUACAGAAAGCUGGCAUUGAGGUGGCACCCUGAUAAAAACCCAGAGAACAAGGAGGAGGCUGAGAAGAAGUUUAAGGAGCUGUCAGAGGCAUAUGAAGUUCUGUCUGAUGCCAACAAGAGGAGCAUAUAUGAUCGCUAUGGCAAAGAGGGACUGACAGGGAACAAUGGAGGAAGAGGGGGCCAUUUCCACAACGGAGAUCAUUUCCAUGAACCAUUCACAUUCCGCAACCCAGACGACGUCUUCAGGGAAUUCUUUGGAGGCAGUGACCCAUUUGCAGACUUUUUUGGUGCAGAUCCAUUUAGUGAUGAUCCAUUUUUUGGCAGUGGCCGGCGGCACCAAAGUCGGGCAAACCGCAGCCACCGGACAGGUGGCUCAUUUUUCGGGGGCUUUGUUGGUUUUCCUCCCUUUGGUGCUGGCUUCACACCUUUUGACCCAGGCUUUGGUUCUUUUGGCUCUAUGAGCACCAUGGGUCAUAUGGGUCACAUGGGUCACAUGACAACCAUGGGCAGUCUGGGAGGUGGAGGCUUCACUUCUUUUUCCUCCACUUCCUUUGGAGGAGGAGGAGGUGGAGGAGGAAUGGGCAACUUCCGCUCUGUGUCCACCUCCACCAAGAUCAUCAAUGGCAGGAAGAUCACUACUAAAAGAAUUGUGGAGAAUGGUCAGGAGCGGGUGGAGGUGGAGGAGGAUGGGCAACUUCGGUCAUUAACCAUUAACGGUAAGGAGCAGCUGCUGCGACUGGAACACAAGUAAAGACAGAAGCAUCAUCUGCUGGAGAAGUGUUACCUCAGCACAAACAUACCAACAAACUUGAGCUCCAAACAGAAGGAGAAAAAAAGCAACAAAACAAUGUAAUAAUAGUGCUCUACUGUUGUUUGGAUGUACAUACUUAGGUUGUGUUUAUUUCCCCUCAUGUCCUCUCCCUGCUGACUCUCAUUUGUUAACCAAUGAUUCAAAUCAGACGAUUUGGAUGCAGACUUUUCUAUGCAUUUUGUUAAUGUAUUUCUGAAUUGGAGCUGUCCUUAUAUUUUGGCUCAGGGUGGUGUUAUUGUUUCAGUGUUUGGGACCACAGUAUUGUUCUAAUGUAUAUGACCAGAACCCUCCCUUCCUCCCCUCCUUAUUCUUUCUGUAUGCGCUCCACUGUGUGUCGGUCUUUGUGCAGACAGCACACACACUGUGUUCAGAAAACAAAGCAUGACUUUGCUUUUUCAUCUGAAUAGUGAAAAAAACAAAAAGUGUUGAAUUUGAUUUUAAAAAGUGGGUAGGAAUAACUGAAGCAUCUUCCCCCUCUCUAUUUACUGCUUGUCUAACCUCUUCUUAGUAAUAAUUCUUUUUUAUUAAAAAAAAUGCUGGUAGGAUGAGUUAUGCAAUUUUAUAUGUUCUAAUACCAAUGUGUUUUUUGUUUAUUUAAUUAUGCAUGUACACCUUAUGAUGUUGAGUCUUAAUGUUACAGCUGCAUUAUGAUGCACAAUUAAUGGAAGGCAUUCUAUAAAUGAUAUAUGGAUAUAGAAGGAAUUUUGUGUACUUUGUAAACCAAUAAAUCUGAGCUUCAUCCUGUUUUCAGGAUGCUAAAA